AUGCACCGGCGAUGGGGGCCUCGCCGGCGUUCCGCCAGGCUGCUAGCCCGAGCGGAUCUCAUCAGCGAGCUCCCCGACGAUCUGCUCCUCCUCGUCCUCACCCGUCUCCACUGCGCCGCCACCGCCGCGCGCACCGGCAUCCUCUCCCGCCGGUGGCGUAGCCUCUGGCCCCGCCUCCGCCGAAUCGUCUUCCACGACGUUCCGUUCCGCUCGCUCGAAGCGGUGCUCGGCUGCUUCCCCCUUCCCCCGCCCGCGGUUUCCCUCAUCGUCAUCCGCCUCCCCAAGCAGGACAACCGCGUCCCCAAGGAGCAGCGCGCGGACGACGAAGCCCGCGUCAACUCGCUGCUCCGCGCCGCCGCGCGGCUCGAGCCGGAGAUGUUCAUCUUUGAGCUCCCCUCGGAGUUAAUCGAGGGUUCCUUCGUCGUCGACCUGCCUUGCUUCCACCGCGCCACCACCAUCAUGCUGCUCCUUUCCUCCGUCGUCUGCUCCUUGCCAGCCGGCGUCGAGUUCCCCGCACUCGAGACGCUAUCCCUCUCGUACUGCACUGCCAACAUCGACCGCUUGCUCUCCUGCUGCCCGCGCUUGCGCACGCUCUACCUCACCUUGGUUUCUUUCGAUAAGGACGGCCUGACGGUCAACUCGGCAUCGCUUCAGGAGAUUGCAGUGGUCGCCUGCAGGGUAAGCAAUAUCAACAUCGUUGCCCCGGUGCUUAAACAAUUGAGCAUGACCAUUCACACCUCGGAGGAAGUCAGCGUUUCCGCCUUGGCACCCAUGGUAGAGAAAGUUUCGUGGCAUUGCUCCUGGUUCGUGGCACCCAUGUUUGGUGUUUGGCAACUGGACAGUUUGGAGCUAAAGACGGCAGAGAGACAAGGACAGCUCCCUUCGCUGCACAUUCAUGCCUCUGCUUACACCAGCUUGUUUGUUAUUUUGCACGGCGGAGUGGGCACCUUUGCACAGGAGCUAGAGAAGCAUAUGAUUGCUAAGUUUUCUGUUUUGGAGCUACAUCUCACAGCAAAUGGACAUGUUUUUGGAGCACUCGUGUUUCAUAUCCUAGGGAUGAAUCUAAUUCGAUGUGCUACGCAGAUGCUUAGUGUUGACCUACAGACAUCAGAGGAGAAUGAAGAAUGCACAUUUGAUUGCCCUUGUGAGCCCACGGGUUGGAGAUCCCAAAUGAUCUCCUUGACUGCUCUUGAAGAAGUGGAGAUCAAUGGCUUUGGAGGAGACGAUCAUGAGAUUGAUUUCUUGAAACUGAUAUUCAAAGGUGCGCCAAUGCUUAAAAAAGUGAUAGUGAAGCUGUCAGAUGGGGCCUCAUCAAGUAGCGAUGGAUGCACAAAUAUAUACAACAUGUUCAAGGCUUAUUCCUCUGUGGAAUUCUAUGUUUAUCUUAGCUCUGGUGAGUAUGUUUUGCAUGCCUGA